UGAUAAAAAAUAAAAAAAUUUAACUAAAAAUAAUUUCAAUUUUAAAUUGGUGUUGUUAUAAAAAUGAGAAAAUAUGACAAAAGGAAAAUUCAAAUAAUUUAAUUUUAUAACAAGUGAAAAAUCACAAUUUUCUUGUAUUUCUUUCUAAUAUGGACCACACCCGCCGCGCGCUUGUAUAUUUUGUGAUGUAUUUUUUUUUUUUUUUGCAAAAGGUUCCCAUACUCUUAUAAGAAAACCCCAAGCAAAAUUAACCAUCAGCCAGAAGUAGUAGUAGUAAAAAAGUACAUACAUACUUACUUACAAGCAGGAGCAGAAGUAUACGAAAAAAAAACAACAAAAAUUCCAGUAUUGGCAUGUUUUUUCUUCAUUCUGGCUGUUUUCUGUCUUUGCUGCUUAAAAGAAAAACUGAAAAUACACAAAAAGGAAUUUGCAAAAAAAAAACUUAACACAAAACAGUAAAAAAUACAGGGAUGAAAAUCAAAGUACUUUAGCACCUUCUUUCUGUAUAUAAACAAGUACUGUUUUAAAGAAGAUUUUAGUACUUUUUUUGGAUUUUUUUCAGCUAAAUCUUAGCAAAAUAAGCUUUUUAAGCAGAUUUAUCUCCCAAUUAAACAAAUUGGAUUAUAUCUUUAAAACCCUUCAAAAUAACUCUAUGCACUAACAGUUUAAAAAGUACUUUUAAUUUACAAUGGUACUUAUUUUUUUAUUUAUCUUAACAUUUUACUAUAUAUAGAACAUUUGCAUUUAAAUAUAGUACUUUCAUGUACAUACAUACAUAACUAUAUAGUAUGUAACUAUAGUAAGAAGUAAAAGGAACAAAUAGAAUCAAGCAACUAAAAAACACAAAAGAAGAAAACCUGACAUUUUACCAUACAGACAGGCGCCUUAUGUGUCAAACAUUGUAUUAACUCUAUUAAAGAAAAACUCACUAAAGCAAACAUAAGAGGGUUGAGAGGAAUUCUUGCAAAAUAUAUUACAAUAAAAAAUCCAACAACACUCCAAUACAGACACCAUCAAAUACAGCACAUACAUACAAACAUACCUAACAAAGAGAGAAGGGAGUUUUUUUCCUAUGCUUGCUGUCAAGGAGAGUUUAAUUUCUAUAUAAAGAAAAUUCCUUACCAAAAAAAAAGAGAGCAUUUGUAAUGGUACUUACUCUUGUUGUAAAUCUGUACAUAUACCUUUGUGAAACUAUCAUAUAUUUUGGGAUCAUUGGAAGUACUAAUAUUUUUGAAUUAGUUUGAUUGUAUGUUGCCAGUUGUUUUGUGCAGAAUUUGUCUCUGUUGUUUGUUGUAACGUUCAAUUGUUUGAAAUAAUUUAAACAGCUGAUUUUUACUACCAUUUUGUGAGUGAGCUUGUAUUUGUGUGUGUAUGUAUGUAUUUAUAUGUAAGCUUUGCUAAAUGUGGAUCAAAGCUAUAAAUUUUGAUUUUUUAACAUUUUUUUGGAAAGACAUUAAAGAUCAGCUGUUAAGGAAGGAUAUAGAGAGAUAAUUUUUUCCUGUUUUUGAUAUUAAAAUUGUAAAAUAAUUAUUCUUACUUAUUAUUUAAAAUAUUCUUCGUCAUUUUUAAUCAAUGUAAUUAUCAUUCGUUGCUUUCAAAUUAAAGUUUCAAUGUAUUAUACCCUUUUAGAUCUUACGUUUUGAAAUAGUUUUACAUACAUAUGUAACUAUAUGUACAAGUACAUAAGCUUUCAAUGGCCAAGUUUUAGGUCCUGUUCCUGUAAAUGCGAACGAAGAAGUAUUUUCUAGAUUUAUAUUGAAAACAACAAAUAAAUUCGCAUUUAGAGGAACAGGCAGUCUGUCUAGUUUAUUAUUCACCCAGACCCAUAACUUUUUCCUUAACAUACGAAUAUUGCAAAAUUUAAACUUUUUCUUACAUAUUCAUAAAUGUAAAACUGUUUAUUAAAUCAAACACUUAUAAUCCUAACAAAAACUUAACUAAAUAAUUUAGCACAGUGAUGACAUUGGAGGCAAGUACCUACAACGCUUACUUACAAGUAACUAUUUUAAUAAGUACUUACGAAUAAGGGUUAAAAACGUUUUAGUUUUGCUCAAAAAAACGUCUCACAUAGAAUACGUUAUUUUGUUCUGCGUCAAAAAAUCGUUUUCUACGUGAAAAGUCAUUACCUUACGAAGUACGCUUGUAAGUUCUUAAGCGCUUAGAAUUCACAUAUGUUAAGCUUUGAUUGGAUAAGCUUUUGAACAUCUUGCUGGGAUAUUAUUAAUGAAUACUUUGGUAUAAGUUAAUCAUAUAAUUUAAUAUUUUAAAUCAUCAAAGCUUUAACGAAAUACGCUUUUGAGUUCUUAAGCAUUUAUAAGCCGUGUUGUUUUUAUACGACAUAUGAUAAGAAUAAGAGAGUUAAUUUGUAUCUCCCUGCUGAUCAUAGAUUUUUAUUUAAAUAUGUGAAACUUUGACAGAAGAUUACAUACUACAUAAAAUCUAGAAAAAUUCACGAUAGGGCCUAUUGUAUGCUUCUUAAACAGCUGAUUUUUACUACCAUUUUGUGAGUGAGCUUGUAUUUGUGUGUGUAUGUAUGUAUUUAUAUGUAAGCUUUGCUAAAUGUGGAUCAAAGCUAUAAAUUUUGAUUUUUUAACAUUUUUUUGGAAAGACAUUAAAGAUCAGCUGUUAAGGAAGGAUAUAGAGAGAUAAUUUUUUCCUGUUUUUGAUAUUAAAAUUGUAAAAUAAUUAUUCUUACUUAUUAUUUAACAUAUUCUUCGUCAUUUUUAAUCAAUGUAAUUAUCAUUCGUUGCUUUCAAAUUAAAGUUUCAAUGUAUUAUACCCUUUUAGAUCUUACGUUUUGAAAUAGUUUUACAUACAUAUGUAACUAUAUGUACAAGUACAUAAGCUUUCAAUGGCCAAGUUUUAGGUCCUGUUCCUGUAAAUGCGAACGAAGAAGUAUUUUCUAGAUUUAUAUUGAAAACAACAAAUAAAUUCGCAUUUAGAGGAACAGGCAGUCUGUCUAGUUUAUUAUUCACCCAGACCCAUAACUUUUUCCUUAACAUACGAAUAUUGCAAAAUUUAAACUUUUUCUUACAUAUUCAUAAAUGUAAAACUGUUUAUUAAAUCAAACACUUAUAAUCCUAACAAAAACUUAACUAAAUAAUUUAGCACAGUGAUGACAUUGGAGGCAAGUACCUACAACGCUUACUUACAAGUAACUAUUUUAAUAAGUACUUACGAAUAAGGGUUAAAAACGUUUUAGUUUUGCUCAAAAAAACGUCUCACAUAGAAUACGUUAUUUUGUUCUGCGUCAAAAAAUCGUUUUCUACGUGAAAAGUCAUUACCUUACGAAGUACGCUUAUAAGUUCUUAAGCGCUUAGAAUUCACAUAUGUUAAGCUUUGAUUGGAUAAGCUUUUGAACAUCUUGCUGGGAUAUUAUUAAUGAAUACUUUGGUAUAAGUUAAUCAUAUAAUUUAAUAUUUUAAAUCAUCAAAGCUUUAACGAAAUACGCUUUUGAGUUCUUAAGCAUUUAUAAGCCGUGUUGUUUUUAUACGACAUAUGAUAAGAAUAAGAGAGAUAAUUUGUAUCUCCCUGCUGAUCAUAGAUUUUUAUUUAAAUAUGUGAAACUUUGACAGAAGAUUACAUACUACAUAAAAUCUAGAAAAAUUCACGAUAGGGCCUAUUGUAUGCUUCUUUUCAUGAAAAUGCUUUCGAGUAAAAGAUGUAGCUAUAGUGAUCUAUGAAAAUAUACUCGUCCGAUGAUCAGAAACUAAAUUUUCUGGACAAAGUUCCUAAAAGCUAGCCAUUUAGAGUUCGUAAUGGAAGUUAUAUCUUUUCCAUGAUAUUAAGAUCUAAAUUAGAUGAAUGCUAGGCCAUUACAAUGAAAGUGCUCCAGAUAGCUCUCCAUGUGAUCCACAUUCGUCUAAAUCUUAAGUCCAAUUUAUUAUAGUUGUGCUUAUAGUCUUGUUAUACAAACCUCGAUAGUGUUCAUUCUGAUGCUUCUCGUUCUGUACUCUUUAGGGUUAACCAUAAUGUUUCUUAAAAUACUAGAGAGACCAAUCGUGGUAGAACUGUGACAAUAAUUAUCACAUUUUCACUUGAAAACAUAUAUGGAGAUUUUACAUUUAGACGGGCGAACGAAAUCCUCAAGUUUUCUCAGUAAAAAAAGGAUUUAUUUCUACAUAGAAACAUAAAGCUUCUAGAAAAAAAAAAUAACUUUAUCUAUUUUUACUAACAAUUGCAUUAAAAAAAUAUACUUAAUUUGUUCGAGUUUUUUAACAGCUGUUCUGUCGUGUAAUCAUAGGGCCGCCUGGACACAUACCUUACUACGGAUUCUAUUCUAAAGCAACAGUCUAACUCGAUUUUCACCUCGAGAAUUAGCUAUGGGUUUUCAAAAUCAAUUAAAGCGCGGGCCCAUGAAAUCAGAUGUUCGGUCACAAAUAUUUCUGUAUAAUAAAACCUUACUUACUUCACUUGUAUUCAUAUUGUUAAUGAAUUUGUUGAGGAGCCGUGGAGUCAUUGUAAUGUAUUCGGUGUGAAGAUUACUGACUGGUACUUGAGUAAGAUCUUCUUUAUUUUUUUUAAACUCAACAAUAGGGAUUGUAAUGAUUAACGUGUUCGUCCUUACAAAAUCAACUAAAUUUAGACAACGGAUGUGUAUAAAAUUGUUAACAUUUAGACAACGGAUGUGUAUAAAAUUUAGAUUGCGAAUAUGAAUUGUUGCAAUGUUGAUAACGUUGCGUUGUCAACAUUACAUAGUGUUGUCUUACAUUUGUAUAUACUUGACCAUGGAUUUGGUGUCGAUUUGGAACCAGGCGUGUAUUAUUUUCCUCUGUGUGCGACAUCGGUUGUCAAUUGCAAAACUGAUAAUUAGGACUUAGAAAAUAAGGUAUCAGAUAGUCAUUAAAAGUAUUUCUAAAAGAUUAUAAAUAUAUAGUAAAGAAAUCAAAGAUUCUGUGGGAAUUGAAAUUGAAAUUGAAACCAUCAGGUGGCUUUUUUAGGUCACUCUAAGCAAUUAAAUAAUAAUUAUUUUUUUUUCAAAUAAUUCUUGAAUAAAAAAAGGACUAAAGCAAUUUUCUUUAAAUCAGCUGCAAACUGUCACAAAAACGUUCCUAUAACCCAUAUGAUUCCCCAAAAUUUAAAGAGCCCCAAACAGUCAGUCAGGGUGUAAAACAAACAAAAAGAAGCAUAAAACAAAAUUAAACCCAAAAAGAGCAUAGAAAAUGUCUGCAAAAUUUCCCACAGAGAAAAAUGUACACAAACAGUUCGGUUCAUUUUUUUCUUCUAUUUAGAGUUGAGAGUAAAGGGAAAUGUGGGGAAAAGCAUAAAGUAGCACAAAACAAAAAGAGAAAAAUAACGGCAAAAACGGAAAUGUCUGUUUUUGCCAUGGCUUACAACUGCUGGCUGGCAUGGUAAAUAAUGUUUUUUUCAACAAAACACGUUGGAGCCUAAAACACCAAAGAAAUUGGAGACAUACACAACACGGUAAAAGGACAUGGACUAAACAUUAAAUAAAAGUAUAUACACGGGUGAUGUGAAAACUAAAUAAGAAGAAAAAAAAAAAACAGAACAAAUUAAAGAAAAAUUAUACCAAAAAAUAAUGAAAAUAUAACAAGUUAAUGUGCUUACUGGUUUAAACAUCAAUAAAACCUAAACAAUCAACGAAUUAAUUAAAAAUAAUAAAUUAAUAAAAAGUAUUCUGCAAUAAUUUAACAUUUCCCAAUAAAAAAAAUCUAACAACCCUUAAUAAAACACCUGCAAAUCAAUCAGCAAAAAAUUUAAAGAAAGAAAAAAAAUACAAAAAAAUCAAAACAAAUAUUCCUUUUGUUUAAAUUCCUAUCCUUGACAGCAAAGAAACAACAACGACCAAACAAAAAUAUUUCCAAACGCUUUAAUGUCUGAAUCAAUGAAUUCGUUUAGUUUUAUGUUUUAAUUUUGCUAAACAAGUGUUCUGUUUAAAUCAAAUCAAAACCUUUUUUAUCCUUUUGUAAAGGAAUGCAAAUACAUAUAUCAUCAAUAUUUAAGUGUUAAGUUAAAUUUUUAAACAAAAUUUUGUUUUUAUUCUUCUUUGCUAAAGUGUAACUAACAUUUUAAUAGAUUAUUAUUAAAAAACUAGUGCUUUUUGUUGCUGUUAAAAACUCCACGUGUUCCUGAAUUUAUUUUCCAAUUUUUUUUGGAAUAUUUUUAUUCGUUCUGCAAUAACAACUAAUAACUUACUUUGCAUGGUUUCAUAUAUUGGAUAAUGUGUGUUAAACAAAGAUGACGCCGCUGCAAUGAGGACGAUCCAUUAGCGGCAUUGACUAUGGGACCAGAGGCAUGGGCAUGUGUGCGGACCCUGGGUCUUACCGGUGGUGUCAGGCAUUAAGCCGAACGCGAUCAUCGUUCGCCACAAACAAUAACAAAAACCAACAAUUAAAUUUUAAUUCCAACAAACAUAAAAACAACAGCUACAACAAAUUGAAAAAUUGCAGCCGCAAAAAUAACAAACAUAAAAGCUUUAUCAAUAAUAAGCUAAAUAUAGCAAACCAACAGCAGCAGCAGCAACAGCAGCAACAGCAACAUAACGAUUAUCAAAUACGUUGUCGACCAACCUCAACAGCAACACCAACAAUAUUACCCACAACCUUACAGAAACCUUCAACUUCAAAUUGUCUACUAACAACAACGAUACUGGAGACGUUAAAGUUUUGUGAUCCAACAGCAACAACAGCGUCUCACCUUCAAUAUAAUUUACCACCAUAUAGUACGACGACAACAACAGAUUACCGUGGAAAAUCAACGAUAAGUUUUAAGAAAAUUCUACAAAAAUCUGAACAUAUUUGUUGUUGGCUGAAAUCAUCAUUUCAAUUCACAAUAUUGUUAUUUAUCAUUUUACUUUUAACAAAAUCAACCUAUGCCAAUAACAAUAUACCGGAAGAUGCUGUCCAUAUCACAGCCAUACUCGGUGAAGGUGUCAUCUUCAAUUGUCACGUUGAAUUCCCCAAUGAUCAUCCAGUCCCGUAUGUCCUACAGUGGGACAAGAAGGUGAGCGAAACGGGCUCGGAUCUACCGAUAUACAUUUGGUAUGAAAGCUAUCCAGAACACAUCGAAGACGGUUAUAAGGGACGUGUGUCGCGUGUGUCACCGGACUCACCAUUCGGUUCGGCAUCACUUAAUCUGACCAAUAUCAAGGAGUCGGAUCAAGGCUGGUAUGAGUGUAAAGUUGUAUUUUUAAAUCGUGAUCCCAAGCAACAUAAGAACGGUACAUGGUUCCAUUUAGAUGUACAUGCACCGCCUCGUUUUAGCGUAACACCAGAUGAUAUUAUUUAUGUUAAUUUAGGUGAUUCAAUUAUAUUAAAUUGCCAAGCUGAUGGCACACCCACACCCGAAAUUCUAUGGUACAAAGAUGCUAAUCCCGUUGAUCCUUCGCCUACUGUUGGCAUCUUUAAUGAUGGCACCGAAUUACGGAUCUCCACAAUACGGCACGAGGAUAUCGGAGAAUAUACUUGCAUUGCACGCAAUGGUGAGGGACAAGUCUCCCAUACGGCCCGUGUUAUAAUAGCGGGCGGCGCUGUAAUCAUGGUGCCGCCCACCAACACAACUAAACUAGAGGGCGAAAAGGUGAUAUUUUCAUGUGAAGCUAAGGCUAUGCCUGGUAAUGUCACCGUACGAUGGUUUCGUGAGGGGUCACCUGUUAGAGAGGUGGCCUCAUUGGAGACACGCAUUACUAUACGCAAAGAUGGCUCGCUAAUUAUCAAUCCAGUCAGCGCCGAUGAUUCGGGCCAAUAUCUAUGCGAAGUAACAAAUGGUAUUGGUGAUCCCCAGAGUGCAUCGGCUUAUUUGAAUGUUGAGUAUCCUGCCAAAGUGACCUUUACACCAACUGUACAAUAUCUACCAUUCCGUUUAGCCGGUGUUGUCCAGUGUUAUAUUAAAUCAAAUCCUCAAUUACAAUAUGUCACCUGGACCAAAGACAAACGUCUAUUAGAACCUUAUCAAAUGAAAGAUAUUGUUGUUAUGGCCAAUGGUUCUCUGCUAUUUACACGCGUCAAUGAAGAUCAUCAGGGACGCUACACUUGUACCCCCUACAAUGCAUUGGGCACACAGGGAUCUUCGGGUCCCAUGGAGGUUUUGGUACGUAAACCUCCCACAUUUACCGUAGAACCUGAAUCGCUGUAUCAGCGUAAGGUUGGCGAUAGUGUGGAAAUGCAUUGUGAUGCCGUUGAGGCGGAGGGCACACAGAAACCAACCAUAAAAUGGCAGAGACAGGACGGUGGCGCCCUGUCGGAUACUCAACGUAAUCGUGUGAAAAUCUCUGGGGGUAAUAUUACCAUUGAAAAUCUACGCGGCGAAGAUUUCGGCUAUUAUCAAUGUGUUGUCUCUAAUGAAGUGGCCACUCUAAUGUCCCAAACUCAACUAGUUAUUGAAGGUACACAACCGCAUGCACCCUACAACAUCACCGGCAAGGCAACUGAAUCAUCAAUAACACUCCAAUGGAUGCCGGGCUAUAGUGGCGGUUCGGAAUAUAAACAAGACUAUACGAUUUGGUAUCGUGAGGCUGGCGUUAAUGAUUGGCAAACAAUAUCGGUUACACCUUCGGGUAGUACACAAGUGACGAUCAAUGGCUUAGCAUCGGGUACUACCUAUGAAUUUCAGGUAGUUGGUCGUAAUGUGCUCGGUGAUGGUAUGAUGAGUAAAGUGAUGACUGUGCGAACGCUUGAAGAUGUUCCGGCUCCGCCACGUAAUGUCAAGGCUGCAACACAACCGCCAGAUCAUGUAUUUCAACUAAUGCCAGAUGAAGCUGACCUUUUAGCCUAUUUUGACAUUUAUUUUCAUACCGAUUCAAAUGGAUCGAUUGUUUAUUCACCGCCUAAAUUAAAAUUAAAAGGACCCAAGCCAGGACCACCACGUAAUCUAACCGUAACCGAGGUAUCAAAUGGUUUUCUUAUCUCUUGGCAAGCACCAUUGGAACGUGCCCAUAUCGUUAAAUUUUAUACAAUAAAAUAUCGUACAGAUGCUCAAUGGAAAACAUUAAAUCGCGGUCAAAUACGACCCGAAGAAACACAAUAUUUAGUUAAGAAUUUAGUUGGUGGUCGUACGUAUUAUUUUCGCGUUUUAGCCAAUUCGGAAAAAUCUUAUGAAUCCAGUGAUGAAGUUAAAUUUCCGGUACCGGCUCGAGUCAAACAUAAAGCAAUAACAGCCGGUGUCGUUGGGGGCAUCCUGUUUUUUAUAGUUGCGAUCAUUUUAUCGGUUUGUGCCGUAAAAAUUUGCAAUAAACGUAAACGACGAAAACAGGAAAAAGAGUUCAACAUGGUAGCUUGCAGGAUAACGGAUGCCCGUAAUAUAGCAGCAAAUAAUCACCAUCAUCAUCAGCAGCCGCCGCCGCACCAGCAGCAGUUGCCGCUACAUCAUCAAACACAACAGCAACAACAUUUACAACAACAACAUCAUCAGCAAAAUCAACAUAUACAACAACAGCAUCAACAUCAUUUACAACAAAUGCAUAAUCGUAAUACGGGCUCGAUUUCCGCUAGUCAAGUGCCUUUAAAAAAAUAUAAACAAACCCGAAUAUCAAGUUUAACAACAAUACUCAUUGCUAUACUACACUGGAUAUGGCCACCGGAUCGUUGCACCAAUUGUCACUCUAUCUAUAGUUCACCGCAAGUGGAUGAAGGAGAUGGUCAGAAGACUGUAACGGAGAUACAACGUUCACGUGAUGGUCGUUUUGUGGUCGCUGGGAAAACGAAUGCCUUAACGAAUGGUGAUAUAUUCGCAGAUGAAGGCAUCGAUGAGGUAGAUGGUGUGCCCGGUACACGUAAUAGUAGUGCUUCGCAAAAAUCAUCUUCAGAUGAUGGUGGCUUUCUAUCACGUCGUAAUUUUAUAACAGCUCGAGCUUCAUGGCGUCGUCCAUUGGUACAGUCGCCCAGUCAAUUGAGUUUACAAUCGGUUGCAGCUGGUUCAGCUAGAGGAUUUCUACAGGGUUUGGGUGGUUUGCUUAAAAUUGGUGGCAAUCUGGGUGGUGAAAAUGUUGGCAGUAAUAUUAAUAGUGGCGCAAGAUAUCAAAAUGUCUAUGGCAACAAUUUGUAUCGUAAUCUCCACCAUCAUCAUCAUUUGGGUAGAGCACAGCAGCAGGCACAACCUGCCAGCAGACCUUUGCAUAUAAAUACAAUUAGUGGUGCCACUGCAGGACAUCAUAUGCACCAAGUAUUUUCUCCUUCCAAGGUGUCGCGUAUAUUUUCAAGCUCCCCCGCUAGUACUCCAAAUGAUCAGAAUUUGCCAGACGGUGGCCUUUUAACAUCACCCUGGGCUUUAACAACUCCGAAUCAUACCAAUACUUUCUCCUACAAUCAUUUUAGUGACUUAAGUACCGUAUAUCCUGGUUCAGCCGAAAGAUCCGUGCCUACAUUAACUCCCACAGCCAGUGGAAAUUUGAGUAGAUAUCGUUAUUAUUCACAUGAGUUGCCUUCGUUAAGAACAAUACAAGAGGAGACUAGGCGUUUGAAUUAUGAACAGCAACAACAGCAGCAACAUCAUUAUAGGCAAGACUUUUUGCCACUGCAAUUGGAUUCACCACCCUCCUGGCGGAGUUACUACCAGCAUAGUCAAGCUCCUUAUUACCACAGCUAUCGACCACGUACCCGUUGGUAUCCCAGACAUUAUUCACGGUUAUUCGGUAGACCACAAUCUGAUUUAAUGUCUCCUUUACCUCAUCUUAAUCUUUCAAUGAGAACUACUGGCAAUCAUUUAUUAGGUUUAGAUGCCUCUCCUGAAUCAAGAUCAAGUUCUUCAGGUUUUGGUUCCAAAAAUACUUCUAAUCAUCCACAAGGAUCUCAUCAUUCUGGCAGUACAAGUGAAUGGCGUUUACUGCCACCCUAUAGACCACCACCUCCUCCACCAGCAACAAUAAACAAUACAGCUUACUUCGGUUCGGCAACUACUACAGCUAACCAACAACCUCAACAAGCGCAAGGACAAGCUCCAGUAACACAAAAUCAUCAGCAGCAGCAUCGAUCACAGUUUAAUACAUUGCCUAGCAGCUUUGAACCCUAUUCACCUUCCAACUACUUUAGUUCCAGUACCCAAAGAACCCUUACACCACCCUAUACCAUGGAGCAUUGGCUGGAUAUGAUAACACGCCUUAAUGCUGCUACUGAUAAUGUCAAUCUACCCAAAUCAGUAGAUGUAGGCAGUGUAGAUGGUCAUUAUGAAUUCGAUCCAUCCACACCGACUCCCAGUGCCUCAACACCAACCGGAGGCCUACUACGCGAAGAUCUCAAUUUACAUAUAGACACCACUGGUCAUCAUUUGCACCAUCAUCACCAUCAUCUUGCCCAACAACACAACCAUCUCCAUCAUCAGCACAAUUCUCACAAUGGUCAACACUAUCAUCACAAUCAUAGUCACAAUAUCCAUAAUCAACAUGGUCAGCAUCACACUUUAGGUCCCCUAAGUUCUACAUCAUCCCUGUUUCAUACACAAACUUCGGCUACCUUUCCCAAUAUUUCCGGUUCCGCUACUCUUGGUGGUACCGGCAUGCGCAAAUCUCGUGUACCAGGUCGUUACGACAAUAUCGAGGCUCGUUUGCAGGCCAUGAAAGAGGAAUUCUAUGAGUAUCGCAAACGACAAGCAAUGCAAAGAGCAGGCGUUUCAGAGCUGGAAAGUGUUUGCUGACAUUGAGUUGUUAAGGUUUUAAUUUAAUUGAGAAAAGCCUCAGAGGCAUUGCUUUAGGUUUAAGAGCAAAAAAAGAAAAGAGUGUAAGUAAUUUUAAUGUGAAUUUAAGUGUAAAGUUCAAAGAUGCUGAAAUGACUGAAAACGUUUGUUUUAAAGUAAUUAAUUGUACACUUAUGGCCUGAUUAAGACAAGCAUUUUAAUAUUUUAUAUGUUUUUUUAAAUUUAUAUAAAUUUGGGUUUGUUUUUUAAAGUAUUUUUAAUGUAUUGUGUUUCUAACUAAUUGUGAAUGAAUAUAUGCUAAAAGGUUCAAAUUCUCUUCAUGUAGAUGAAGAGAUUCAAGACGAAGUUUCGAAAUGUUACACAAGAAGGAACCAAAUAUUGUAACGUUUUGUUUAAAUUUUAGACCUAAAAGUGUAAAUUUAAAUUUUUAAGAAUUUCGCUUAAAAUAAUUUCUCGCAUCAUAAAAGAUAUUUCAUACAUUCCAUCAAUCUAAAACAAUCAAAAUUUAACAUCAUUCAAAGAAAAAAAACCUCAAUAAAUUAAUUAACAAAAAACCAAACAAAAAAAAACAACUUUAAAGAGCACUGAUUUUUCAAUUAUUAAAAUAAAAAAACAUCAACUUAUAAAAAAAACAAGCAUGCAAUACACUCAAGAAAAUAAUGUUAGUUGUAAUGUAAAAAAACAUGAAAAUUAAAUAAAUAAAAAAACUCUUCCACGAAUUAUUUCUUUAGUAAAGAAACCCACAAAAUAUAUUAAAAAAACAUUAACGAAAACUUAGCGAUUUCAAAUUAAAAACACAAAACUAAAAAAAAAAACGCGUAAAUAUUUAGGAAAACAAAAACAACAUAAUAUUAAAAAUAAAUAAACAA